GCGAAAAGAAAUUGUAAACAAACCUAACAAAGAUAGGAAAUGAAAAAAAGGAAGAACACUAGAAAGUGUGCUACAAAUGUUUCCAAAAAGUCCAAGUUGAAGGAAGAAGACAUAGAACAAAAUAACUCGGAGUUUUCAUCUCAAGAACAUUCGGAUGAAAACAAGGUCUUGUCACCUUCAAAACAAAUUGAUACUCCUGAAAAUGAAACUAAAAGUUCUCCUAAAGAAAUAGAGGUUUCCACUGCACAAGUAGCAGAAAGCACGAUCAACAACAUAGUUGACAAAGCAGAAAGUUUAAUCAACGAUGACAAAGAAAAGGAGAUAACUGGUGUCAUAUGUUCCACAGAUCAACAUAAUUCACCAAUCAAAAUUGAAGUCGGAAAAAACGAGCAAUCUAGCGGAGAAACACGCGAGGAAGAAGUAAAGGAAAGGCUUGAAAUAACACAGAAAAGAGAAGAAAAGAACAAUGAUUUAGUGAAUAUCCGAUUGACAGAUUUGGAUGCGUCGGAUUCACAACUGUGUAGCUUUGAAGAGAAUCAAUAUCAGAAAAGUUCACUUGAAUGUGAUAAAGAUAACUUUGGCAUACCAUCUGGAGGUGCAGCAAUACGUGAAGUCAUAAACGACUUGUAUGCAAUGAAUCGUCUCAUUCUUGGUGCUAAAAAGGAUCUUGCAGCGAUGAAAUUAAAAUUGAAUAUGAAGAAUAAAAGAUAACAUACAUGGUAACGCUUUCAAUGGCGCGUUUUACAUUCUUAAACCAGAAAUUGGCGCAGUCAUCAUUACUCUGUCUUUUCUAUAUAAUUAAUAAAAAUAUUUUGCUUCUUUUAACUUUCCUCCUAGUACCUACUAGACCGCGUUUCCUGCUUUACCGCACAGACGUUAAGCUCAAAGAGGCACUGAUAGGUACCAAAUGUGUUAAGCUGAAGUCAACCCCGUUAAGACUAAGCGCGGCGUAAGGGUGUGGUAAAAACCUUUACUAAUGUACAAACUAUUUUGUUUGACUGGCUCUACCCUAAGUAAAUGAUCACUAUAUUUAAUUCGCUGGCUAUUAGAAUUAAAUGGUAUUUAUUUGUUUUUUGAAAGAUCAAGAGAAAAUAUUUUAGUUUUAUAUCUGCAGUUGUAAAAUAUCAUAUUAUUAGUUUGUAAAUUAAAAAGGAGUUUCUUCUGAUUUUUUAAACCCGAAUUCUAUUUCCAUCCUUAUUUUCAAGCAUACGAUGCUAAAUUUUCCAUUUUAAGCUGGCUUUAUUACAGCAAACGCUUCUCAGACUUGUUUCACGCGAAUUCGUUUCAUAAAUAUAAUUUUACGUGCUUUUUUAACAAGCAACAUUGAUUUUUAGGCCAGCUCGUGGUUGUCUAAAAUUUUUAAAACAUACACUGGUUUGUUACU